UUACCAUAGUAUCGUCGUCCCUAUAGCCAUUAAGCCAUUACCUACCAAACACAAAGGCUAAAGAAAAAGAGCAGCAAGUUCUUUGAUCAUCAACGCAUAAGGUUCUCUGUCUUUGUUGUUCAAUCGAUCAUGACAGGCAAGGCCAAGCCCAAGAAGCACACAACCAAGGAAAUCGCAGCCAAGGUUGAUGCCGCCACAACCAACAGAGGCGGCGGCAAGGCCGGAUUAGCUGACCGUUCGGGGGUGGAGAAGGGUGGACAUGCCAAAUUCGAGUGUCCCCAUUGCAAAAUAACAGCCCCAGAUCUGAAGACGAUGCAGAUUCAUCAUGAUUCCAAGCAUCCUAAGAUUCCCUUUAAGGAGUCGAAGCUUGUGAACCUUCAUGCUACUCGUGUUGCUGAUGCUUCCAAGCCUCGCCCUGGUGUUAGGGGUAGCUUAAAAAAAUGAAAUUUACUAAUAAAAUUAGCCGCUUUCUUUAACAUUUGGUGCUUUGGGGUUGUUUUGGAAUCUGGGUCUGGUUUCUUUACUAGUAGGUUUGGGUAAAAAAAAGAUUGGAUUAGCCUUAUAAGGCCUACCUCAAUUAUGAUGAUGAUGUAUAUUAGCCCAUCAUGAAUGUGAUGGUGAUGAUGACUAUGUUAUAGCUUUAUUUAAUUCCAAUGAACUAGUUGUGAAUA